GUGGAUUUGAUACAUCGACUGAUUUGCGUAUGGAGGAUAUAGCACAGGAAACCUGCAUAAGCGGUAGGAAAAUCCUGAACUUACUUCAUUGACAAGAUGACGUGAGUACAUGCGUUUCUCAGAAGACCGAGGAACAAUUUGAUUUCUAUCCCCCCUGGAGCGGGCGAGAGGAGAAACGUUGGUAUCACCGUACUGUUCCCAGCGGAACGUGGGAGACAACAUCAUUCGAUCACUUGACGGAAGCUCCCUUCUCUUGCAAUCAAGAUUUGCUUUUGCACAGACAGUCCAGUGUGAAGGAAAUGGCAUCAACAUCGUCAAAAUCGAGACACCCAACAUACAUUAGCAGCGUGUUGCGUAACGGAGAUGGUUCACGGCGGAAUUCUAUUUUUGAUAUAUUUGCAAAACAAUAUACCAGUCAGAAAUCCAGACUGGUGACUUCACAAGGAAAAACAAAGCAUCCUACAACCAGGGUUCACUCUCCAGAAAAUGUGGACAAACGUAGAGGAAGUUUGCUUAUCACUUUGGCGGAGUCCACUUUGCUUGCUUCGUGUACAGUAGCACGUCAAACAUCUAUUGAUCAAAAAGAGAACUCUGUCAACUACUCAGCGGCCGUUAUUAGGCAGGAUGCUCAGAUAAAACCGGUGGUUCACUCUCCAGAAAAUGUGGACAAACGUAGAGGAAGUUUGCUUAUCACUUUGGCGGAGUCCACUUUGCUUGCUUCGUGUACAGUAGCACGUCAAACAUCUAUUGAUCAAAAAGAGAACUCUGUCAACUACUCAGCGGCCGUUAUUAGGCAGGAUGCUCAGAUAAAACCGGUGGUCGAGCAAGUGAACAGCAAACUUCAACUCAACGAAGGAGUUUUGGGCGUUUCGAAUUGUUUGGAGGCUCUUAUGAAAGCAGAUGGAGACGAUAGACUGUCAGUAGCUAUCCUGCAUGAUUGUGGCGACACAACAAGCCCACUGGAGGACCAAGAAUCAAAUCAUCUCGAUGAUCUACACACAAAUACUUUGAUUUCACAAUCUGUGCAAAUGAAUCCAGUGAAAAUCGAAGCCGACAAAAAGCAAUUUCAGACCAUGUGGAAAAGGACAGAGAGUACGCUCGAUAAAGACACAUUCACUAUUGUGUCACUCAGGGUUUCAUCGGAUUCAAACUCCACUUUGCACAGUGACACAAGUAGCCAAGUGUUCCCCACUGAGGAGGACGUUCAAGCACAAGUCGUGUGAAUGAUGCAGCCAAUGAAAGUCAACGGAUUUUCGGUCUUCCUCAUACAUCGAGCUGCACCAUCGGAACUGAUGGCCUAAACCGAAUUGCAUUCCUAUUUCUCACAAAAAUCCAUGACUUAAGCUAUUUUGCUUUACCUUAUUCGCCCGAGAACAAAGCUCUUUACGAGCUAAAGAAGUCUUGUUGCGCAUUUCAGUUAGCGAGCAUUGUAUGGAUGUUUUUCACUUCAUGUUUUGGAAACCAUGCUUUCUGAAAACAAAG